UUAGAUAACCAAUUGGACUGAUUUUUCAUAGAGCUAAUUGGAUAAUGCUUUUCUCUAUUGUUAUUAUUGUAUGUCAUAGAAUAAUUUGUAAAGUUAUUUUUAUAAAGAUGUUUGUUGGCAAACAAUGGGGAAAAUUCAAAUUAAUAGAUUAAAUGCUGCAUUUAGGUUUUGAUAGUGUCUUGUCUCUGAGAAUGCAUGUUGCAUAAUAGAGUAUAUAUAUUGGGUAGUGUUGUAUGGUUGACACUUAUAACAUCCACAGUUGUUCAUAUUGUAAAGUUUGACUUCUAAUAUGUAGUGGAUGCUCCUUUUGCACAGUAUGAUGUGUAUAUACAUUUUCACAAAUUACAAUGUUUUUUUUACUAGUGAGGAUGAUCAGCACUUUAUUUGGGAACACUUGAAGUGUGAUUGAAAUAUGGAACACAUUCUAAUAAUAAACUGAUAAUAAGAAAUUUCAAAUCACACCAUACGUGAGGUAGCUGGUAGUUGGUCAGGCCAAGCUGGGGUGCCUUACACUGGGAGUGACCAAACCAGGUAGCUAGAGUUUGGCUAGUGUACCCAGAUAAAUCAUUGGGUAUCAGUUACUAGGAUAAAGGCUGAUUAUAAAGAAACAUCAAAUUCAAAAGCUGUUUUAAAAACAUGCAACAUAACAAAAUGUUGAUUUCAUCACUUAGUCAUUAUUCAGACUCAUUCAGACUAAAUUACUAUUCUAUCAUAUGUGUUGAAGAAAGCAUUAACAAAGAAAUGUUUCCUCCAUGUUCUCCUGUAGGGAGAUUAUGGUUGAAGUAGACUAUCUCCCUUCAGUAAAGGCAUGACCUCAUCACAGUGAAGCAUUAUUUUAACUGAUUCUAAAUGACUUUGUUUUAUUGAAAGAGUGAUUAUAGUUUGUUACAUGGAUUUUUAAUCAUCACUGUGUCCAAGGUGCUUCAGUUAGGUAGGGUAUUGCCCUGUUGCAGGCAUGUAUGUGUAAGCUAGGGUCAACCAUAUCCAAUUGACCUUACUUGGCAGUAACAUAUCAAGGAAGGAAAAGGAGCUGAUCCCAAAUACUGAAAUGUGAAUUAAAGUCAUCCAGCUACCUGGUUGACCUUACCUGCUGGUAGCAUAUCCAAAAAAUGAUGGAUAUCUGGGAUCAUUCAAAGCCUUGCUCCAUAGCAUACUUAGAUUAUCCCAAACAGGAUAGGUCAAGCAGGGGUACCUGAUGCUAGGAAAGAAUAAAAUAGGCUAGCCAGAACUGGGAUUGGCUAAAAUAAGGUAUUGCAUACUGGGAUUAGCACACUGGGUAGCUAAUGUGUUGAUUGAUCUGAAACUUCGAGAAAAAAAAUCACAGGAUUUACAUAUUAUAAUCAUCCAAAAAGGUUACAUGAAUUAGAGUAUUGUUUAGUGUGUGUUUGUAUUUAGAAUUUGUGUAAUUACUAAGCAUAGAGACUUUUUUCUUUAGAGAACUGAGUUGAUUAGUUUGUAUAGUACAAAGACAUUUUAUAUACUUUUUUUUGAGAUUAGUUAGCUGGUAGUUAGCUCUGUAUUUAGAUCUUAUGGACUUGUCUAUUGCUUGUGUGAGCAAGUUUCUGGCUAUAUCGAAGAAUUUCUAGGAAAUGAAUAUGAACCAACUUGAAAUUUGAUUUUAAAAUUGAAUUCCAUUAAUAGUUCUUUCAUAAUCCUUUCUUUCAGUUUUCAUUGAAAUAUAAAUCUUGAUGUUAUAGGCAGAUAUGAAAAAUUUAUUUAGAUUUUAUAUCUGACUCUCUUUUAGAGAGACAGGUUAAAGCACCAAAUAUUUUAACCGUUUCCUGUUGUGUGUAUUUAAUUAUUUGAGUUUCUGUUAAAUCUGAUUUAGAUUUUUUAUAUCUGCCAAACAAAUAGCAAUAGUAUAUGCCUUGGUUAGUGGUUGACAAUGCGUGUGUUGUCUCAUUCUGUCUGCUUGCUCUUCUCUCUUCCUUUGCUUCCCAAGACCCAAAGAGGAAAAAGAGGAUGGGAAAGGAUCUAAGGAUGAUGAUGAUGAUGAGAUUAAGGAGGAAGAAGAGGAGGAAUGUAAUGAAAAAGAGAGAUUUUUGUUUGGAUUUCGUAUGGAAAACAAGAUGGGUAUGACAGUCACCUCAGGCAGUGUCAACCUUGAGAAAGAUGACAGUAACCUCAUCGGCAUUAGUAUUGGGGGCGGAGCUAAAUACUGUCCGUGUCUCUAUGUUGUCCAGGUCUUUGACAACACCGCAGCAUCUCGGGAUGGCACCCUUCAGAGUGGAGAUGAGAUCACCGGGGUGAAUGGAGUCAAUGUGAAGGCGAAGUCUAAGCAAGAAGUGGCACAGCUCAUACAGCGGUCAGAGGGUACUGUUACUAUUCAGUACAACAAAUUACAUGCCGACCCAAAACAAGGAAAAACGUUGGACAUUGCCAUGAAAAAAGUAAAACACAGACUGGUAGAGAACAUGUCUUCAUCAACUGCAGACGCCCUUGGCUUGUCCCGGGCUAUAUUAUGCAACGAUUCUCUUGUGAAGAAGCUGGAUGACCUUCAGAGAACAGAAGACAUGUAUGGGUCAUUAAUGGAUCACACCAAGAGAUUACUGAAGGCAUUCUUUGACCUCUGCAUUGUUUAUAAAAGAUUUGGUGACAUCUUCUGUGAAAUUGGUGUACGUGAACUCCAGCAGUCAGCAAAUGAGGCUUUCAAUCAGUUUGGUGAAGCACACCGUCAAAUGGAAAAGUUUGGGAUCCAGAUGCUGAAGAGACUAAAACCAAUCUUGAGUGACCUGGGUACAUAUCUGCACAAGGCCAUUCCCGACACAAGGUUGACAAUCAGACGAUAUGCCGACACGAAAUUUGAAUACCUCAGUUAUUGCCUUAAGGUGAAGGAAAUGGAUGAUGAAGAGAUGCAGUUUGCUCAGUUGCAAGAGCCUUUGUAUAGAGUGGAAACUGGAAAUUAUGAGUAUCGACUGAUUCUACGUUGCCGCCAAGAUGCCAGGGCCAAAUUUGCCAAACUGAGAUCUGAUGUUCUUGUCAAAUUAGAAUUGCUGGAUUCAAAACACGUCCAACACCUUACUGAACAACUUACUAGACUCAUAUCUGGUCUUGCUACAUACCACAGCCAGUGUCAGGAGCUUAUGCAUGACAAACAUUGGUUCCCCAUUGAACUGGACAUGAUUGGAACAACUCUCCAGUCAGAUAAUCGCUGUGACAGCAUACAGAGUGAAGAGGAUGAUGAAGAAUUGCUGGAUACUGAAGGUGCAACAGAAGCAACAGAGGCAGAGCUUGUCCAGCCACUGGCAGACCUCACCCUGAAUGACAAUAAGCCACAGCAGGAGGUAAAGACAGGAAACUUUGAAGACAUUAACCUCUUGGGAGACUUUUAAGAGAAGGACAGUCAAUUUUUUUUUAUACUUUGUAAUGCUAUUCAUAUUCAAAGGAUCACAGCAUUGUAUGGUUUAAGUUCUUUUAGUUUCCUCUUAUUUCGCAUUGUGCAAUGAUAAGUUUUUUUUUAUUUUGUUUUGGUUUAAAGGAAGUUUUCCUGUGUAUUUUUACAAUUUCUUAAGAAUGAAAAGUGUUCAACUUGAUAUGGUAGAAUUAUUUUUAAAAAAUCUCAAGAUUAUUAUAGAUUUGUUUGCCUAUUUACAGUAUUAUGGACUACAAAUAACCCAUUCCAUCCUUUUACACAAAUCAGUGUGUAGUGUGGAGAAUCUAUCCCUUAAUGCACAUUGCAAAAUGGUAAUAAUAGAAAAUAAAUAUUUUAUGCCUCUACUCUAUAUUUGUAUAUUCUAGUCAGCUUUACAUAAAAGAACAAAUAAAAUGGAUGACAAAAGGUCACGGUUCAGUAAGCAAGCAGCAAUUAUUAUUGAAGUUUAGUGAACAAACAUCAAGUAUAAUGUUAGGGAAAAGCUAUGGAAUGAUGUAUACAGUGUGAGAUAGUUUUGUCCUUUUUUCUUUUCUUUUUGUCAAAUUUAAAGUGCUUGUGCUAUUUUGAAGUGUGUUACUGCUUUCCAGUGUGUUCAUAGAUAUGUACUCUAAUGUUAAACUUUUUUGAAAAAUCUUUGCAUGAUUUUGUCCCAAGAAUGAGUAAAGUUGAUGUUAAACGUCAAUGAAAGUCAAUGAAAAGCAUGUUAUUAGUUUUUUUUUAUUAAUUUGUGUACAUGUAGACAUUAAAGAAAAGAUAGAUUUCUCUUUUGAACGUGGACUGUAAAAGAUAGUGAACAUCUUAUGAAAGGCAAAGUGGAAGGAAUGUAAACACUGUUUUGUCUUCCAGUCAUCAGUCACAGUAAGUCUUGUGUACAGGUAAUUUAUUAAUGGUGUUAAAAUAUUAUAUACAGUCUAAUGUACAGCUAGUAAUAAAGAAACCUAUUUGAGAAGAUAUAUUAAAAGCUGCUGCAAGUACUGUUGAAAAAAUAACAAUGUUUGCUAGAUAUUUGAUUAUAUUUCACUAUAUUAUUCUAGCCAUUAAUAUGACUGCAAAUUAUGAAGUUCUUUAAAUAGUCACUCGAAAAUAAAGUACAAUAUUGCUAUUUGGUAAUAAGUUUUUGAAGUCAUCAGUGCCCAGUACAAUAAUAUUUCAUUAUAAUUAACUUCAUUUUCAAAAUUUCUAAGUUUACAUAUAUUUCAGAUCUAUAUAUUGACAUUUCUUUACAUGGUUGACUGAAGCAAAGGUGCUAUAUAUCUUUUGCCUGUGUUUUUCAUUUUCAUUUCACAAAUGUAAGGGUUUUUGGUUUUAGGUUUAUUGUCUGGGCUUAUGAUACAUUUAAUUUAUUGAACCCCUUUUUUUGUGUUUUUCCACAUUGUGAUUAUCUGUGUAUACCAAAGGUGAAGAUUACAUAUAUUAUAAAAA